AUGCCCCAUGGGUCAGGUGAUGCCCGCAAGAAAUUCAUCCUGACCACGACUGGAAACUUCUACGGGAUAACGCCGUCGCCGUCCCUGGCCGACAGCUCCGAGCUCAAUAACUUCUUGGAUGAUGGAAAUGAAUUUGUCCUGUCCGUCAGCAGACACGACAAUGAUCUUCACCUGUCAAAUAAGGUUGAAGCGUCUGGCGGCAGCAGAGAGAAGGUGUUGGUGUUCUUCAAGCUGCAGCCCACAGUGAUCACUGAAGACAACCUGGACAGGAGCAUCCUGGUGUCGUCCAUGCUUGAGUCUCCCAUCAACACCCUCUACCAGGCGGUCAGACAGGUCUUUGCACCUGUACUGCUAAAGGAUGAGCGCUGGCGUUCAGCCUUCGACCCGAAGUUGGCAGACCUGCUGAGUGAGCUGGAGCUUGGCCUGGGUUCAGUGGUCCGUCAGUCUGGAGCACAACCCUCUGCUAAAAAGGGCCGUGAGGAGGAGGAUGUCCUUGGUAUCCUGACUCCUAGUGAUGAGUUCCAGUACUGGGCCGAUCUUUCUGAAUCUGCAGAGAAGAACAAUGUGAUAGAAAGGGCGAGAUUUUUCACUGAGCAGUUUAAACCCAUACAAAAGGAGUAUGGAGGACUUGAUGGCUUGUCAAUGUCUGACGUUGUGGAUCUGGUGGAACAGAGCCGAGACGCUCUGGAUGAUGUGUGGAGGCAGACUGAUUUUGAGCCUUAUCCAGAAACACGCAUGAUUCGGCUCAUGGAUAUUAUUGGUGGAGCUCUGGGAAGAUAUGUUCAGAGGAAGCUGAGCGGCCUCAAAAUCUUUGAGGAGUCAUUUGCAUUGGUGAGAGAGAACCUGAGAAUGGGUGUUACCAUCUGUGAGCAGUGGGUGGCGGCUUGUGAUCAUCUGACAGGACAGGUGUGGAAGAGAUAUGCACCCCAUGCCUGGAAGGGAAACAAGCACUGCCCGCAGACCCUUCACUGUCUUGCAAAGAGAUUGGACGAGGUGGUGACUCUGCGUUUGGUUCACGAGAAACUGCUGCGUUUGCUCCCAGGAGGGAAGCAGCAAGCUCUGACUUCAGAUCGCGUCUUUGAACCCUUCUCUGGACUCAACCCUCUGCAUUACAACCCUUAUACUGAGCCUCUUUGGAGAGCAGCCGUGGCUCAGUUUGAGCGCCUAAUGGCUCCGUCAGAGCAGGAGGUGGCUGGCAGACUGAAGAGCUACAUUGCUGAUGUACAGGAUAACCCACAACAGCUGCUGCAGGUGUUUCAAAAGCACAAGGAACUGAUCAGACGUCCAACCAUCAGCAAAGAGCUGCAGUCAGAGAGAGAGACCCUUCUAGCCAGACUACUGGAUUACAACAAGGGCCUGAAGACUGACUUUGAGAGUCGUUGUCAUGGAGGCCCUGGAGAAAAGUCAGGACCGCUCAUUGGCAGGAAUCUUCCAGAGGUCGUCAACAAAAUCGUGUGGGUUCGACAGCUCAUACACAAGGUUGAGGACUCUGUCCGUAUCGCAGAGGCUCUACUCUCAGACCUGUCUGCAUUCAAAGGGUUCCUGCAUUUCUGUGAUGACCUACUGGAAAUUCUGAGAGUGUAUGAGCAGGAGCAGUUUGAGGACUGGUCGAGAGAUAUACUGUCUGGACUGCUUGACUCAAAAUCAGGGAUCAGUCUCCAGGCCAGUAACCGUGUGAUGGACCUGGACCAUGUGGACGGCACACUGAAGGUCCAGUACUCAGACAGACUGGUCAGUCUGAUCAGAGAGGUCAGGCAGCUCUCCGCCCUGGGUUUUCCCAUCCCAGCCAAGAUACAACAGGCUGCUAAUACUGCAGAUAAAUUCUACAGACAGGCCGUUGUCCUAAAACAGGUUGCCCAUUUCUAUAACACCAUUGACCAGCAGAUGAUUCCCUCUCAGAGACCUAUGAUGCUUAGUCUCGCACUGGCCUUUGAACAGGUCAUCAAGAAUCCUCGCUCUCAGUCGACGGAAUCGGGGGGUAAACUACAGAUCACCUGGGACAACCCUAAAGAGUUGGAAGCUUACAUUGCCAAGCUGCAGUCUGCUGUAGAGAAACUCUCCACUGAGAACAGGAGGCUACGCAAAUGGCACAUGGACUUCAUUGACAAGGUGGUGACACUGAUGAAUGUGGACCUGCUGAGACAUCCGCAGCGGUGGAAGGACGGACUUCAGGACCUGCGCACAGGCUUUGCCACUCUGGAGGCUCAGGGCUUCAGGUCUGAUGACAUGCAGGCAUGGCGUCAGCACUGGAACCAUCAGUUGUACAAGGCUCUUGAGCACCAAUAUCAGAUGGGACUGGAAGCUCUGAACAAAAACCUGCCUGAAAUACACAUAGACCUAACUUUCAAACAAGGCCGUUUGCAGUUCCGUCCUCCUUUCGAGGAAGUGCGAGCACGCUAUUUCAGGGAGAUGAAGAGGUUCAUCUCGAUCCCAAACCAGUUCAAGGGGGUCAGUGCCCAAGGGGAGGAGCCUAUCUUCAGCGUCAUGAUUGAUAGAAACGCCUCCGGGUUCCUCACCAUCUUCAGCAAGGCCGAGGACCUCUUUGGCCGCUUGCAGGCUAUACAACACAAAUUUAAGGAGUGGGUGUUUCUGGGCCAGGUGGAUUUAGAGAAGUUGGUGGAGAAGCAUUUGAUCUCUGUACAUGACUGGGAGAGAAACUUCAAGGCCCUAAAAGCCAGAGGAAAGGAGUCAGAACGUCUGCCCAGUCAGGAGAAAGUCGACUGUAUUACAGUCAACUGUGAGCCAGUAAAAGCCGCCAUUGAUGACCUUAUCCAGAGGCUGUUUGACCUGCUGCUCUUAUCACUCAGGAAGUCCAUAAAAGGCCACACUCAGGCAAUAGAGAGUUUUGUGUCAGAGUCAAUGGAGACCUUGUCCAUUCGACCAGAGAACAUGGAGGAGAUCGGUGCGGCCGCUGGCAAAUAUAGUCAAAUACUAGCCAGCAAAACUGAGAUCUUAGCUCAGUUCCAGUGUGUUGAGGAGAAGAACCGCUUGCUGCGAGCCGUGGCAGGAGCAGGCCUGGACUCACUGUCCUCCCUCAGAGCCAAGUGGGACAAACUAGAGCUUAUCAUGGAGAGUCACCAGCUCAUGAUCAAAGAACAGGUGGAGGUAAUGCGAAGUAAUGCUGCUGGUCGCAUUGACACCUACCGGGCAGAUCUGCAGCGGUUUAAGGCCCGCUGGGACCAGCUGAAGCCUAAAGACGAGGCGCUUGAGAGUGGUGACCAUGCUGCUCUACUCGCGUGCCUCCAGACCAUCAGGGACAAGCAGCAAGAGUUCCAGGAGCUGGAGCUUGUCCGCAGUAAACUGCUUGAGGACUGUGGCUAUUUUGACUUAGAGGCUCCAGACUUCUCUCUGGCGGAGGAGACGAAGAUAGAUAUGGAUGAGUGCGGCCAGAUGUGGGGUCUGUAUGAGGAGUGGCAGCAAGGCUUCACAGAGAAGGCCCAGGAGGACUGGAUCACAUUCAGGAGUAAGACAUACGUGUUUGAGGAGUUUCUGUUCACGUGGCAAGAAAGACUUAGGAAGCAGGAGCAGCCAACUGCCAUGUCGGUCAAACUACAAGCAGAAGUGGACAAAUACAAGAACAUGGUCCCAGUACUGAAGUACGUUCGUGGGGAGCACCUGUCCCAGGACCAUUGGUUGGAUAUGUUUCGUCUGCUGGGUCUCCCACGAGGGACGACGUUAGAGAGACUCACCUUUAAUGAUCUGCUUAGUGUGACAAAUACCAUAAUAGAAAAGGCCAUGGAGCUCAAGGACCUGAACAGCCGGGCCCAGGCUGAGGUGACGAUCAGAGAAGCCCUGAGGGAACUGGACUUGUGGGGAGCUGCAGCCACCUUCAAUCUCACUGAGUACACAGACAGCAGCGGCCGCACUCUCACCCUCAUCAAGGACUGGAAGGACAUAGUCAACCAGGUGGGAGAUAACCGCUGCCUGCUGCAGUCUCUGAAAGACUCUCCCUACUAUCGCAGCUUUCAAGACAAGGUCAGUCUGUGGGAGGUUCGUCUGUCAGACUUAGAUGAGUAUCUGCUGAGUCUGAACGCCAUCCAGAGACGUUGGGUUUAUCUUGAGCCUAUUUUUGGAAGAGGGGCAUUACCCCGGGAGGAGGCCCGCUUUAAACGGGUUGAUGAGGACUUCAGAUCUAUAAUGUCAGACAUUCAGAGAGACAACAGAGUCGUUUCUCUGAGCUCGAGGGCCGGCAUAAGAAACUCCCUGGUCACCAUACUGGAUCAGCUGCAGCGCUGCCAAAAGUCCCUCAAUGAGUUCCUGGAGGAGAAGCGUUCUGCCUUCCCACGCUUCUAUUUCAUAGGAGAUGAUGAUCUGUUAGAGAUUCUGGGACAGGCAACCAACCCGACAGUCAUCCAGUCACACCUCAAGAAACUAUUUGCUGGCAUCCACAGUGUUGUAUUUGAUGAGCAGAGCCAGCAUAUUGUCGCCAUGUGUUCUUUGGAGGGAGAAAUAGUGCCGCUCAGGAACCUCAUUCAAAUCUCCAGCCUUGUGGAGGUGUGGCUAAGGGACCUGUCUGUGGAAAUGAAGGAAACUCUGAAGCAACUGCUGUAUGAAUGUGUGUCUGCAGGGAAGAAAGGGGGGGUGGACCCCUCACGCUACCCUUCACAGAUUCUUUGUCUGGCCGAGCAAAUCCAGUUCACUGAAGAUGUGGAACGAGCUCUUAAAGAGCAGAAUCUGCAGCAGCUGGAGCUGGAGCUCCGUACAAAGUUGGAACACUACACCACAGUGGACACAAGCUCUGAGGACCAAGCUAACACAGAGUCCAGUGUCCUGCAGCUGAAGCUCAAGGCCUUAAUCCUGGACAUCGUCCAUAACAUCAGCGUCGUGAAGCAACUUAAACUGGCUCAAGUUAGCAGUCCUGACGCCUGGGCCUGGAAGAAGCAGCUGCGCUUCUACAUGAAACCAGACAAAUGCUGCCACAUACAAAUGGUGGAUGCACAGUUCAGCUAUACAUAUGAAUACCAGGGGAAUGCAGCUAAGCUGGUGCACACUCCCCUGACUGAUAAGUGCUACCUGACUCUGACCCAGGCCAUGAAGAUGGGGCUCGGGGGAAACCCCUACGGACCUGCUGGCACAGGGAAAACCGAGUCGGUCAAAGCCCUUGGGGGGCUGUUUGGACGCCAAGUGCUGGUGUUCAACUGUGAUGAGGGCAUUGAUGUGAAGUCAAUGGGACGAAUCUUUGUGGGCUUGGUGAAGUGCGGAGCAUGGGGCUGCUUUGACGAGUUUAACCGCUUGGAGGAAGCAGUGCUGUCUGCAGUUUCCAUGCAAAUUCAGGCCAUCCAGGACUCUCUCAAACAUCAGAAGUACACGUGUGACCUGCUGGGGAAAGAGGUGGAUUUGGACCCAAACUCUGGAGUGUUCAUCACACUGAACCCGGCGGGAAAAGGCUACGGAGGCCGACAGAAGCUUCCAGACAACUUAAAGCAGCUGUUCAGACCCGUGGCCAUGAGCAGGCCAGACAACGAGCUCAUUGCAGAGGUCAUUCUGUAUUCUGAGGGCUUCAAGAGUGGAGAAAUACUGGGACGCAAAUUGGUUGCAAUUUUCAACCUGGCCAGGGAGCUGUUGACUCCCCAGCAGCACUAUGACUGGGGUCUGCGUGCUCUGAAGACAGUGCUGAAGGCCUGUGGCAGUCUCCUGCAGCAACAAAGGAGGAGUCAAGACAAGGACAAGAUUCAGGAGAGCAGUCUGGUGGUGCAGGCCUUGAGACUGAACACCAUGUCCAAGCUGACAUUUGCUGAUAGCUCUCGGUUCGACGCUCUGGUCAAAGACGUCUUCUCCGGGGUUAAUUUCACAGACGUGGAGGACCAUAUACUCAUGAAUGCACUCGAGCACGUCUACAAGGAGGCACGACUUGAGCUCAUCCCCAGCCAGCUGAAGAAGGCACUGGAGCUGAAUGAGCAGCUGAGACAGCGCAUGGGUGUAGUUAUUGUCGGGCCAAGCGGAGCAGGGAAGUCGACCCUCUGGAGGAUGCUCAGGGCUGCUCUCAGCAAGACGGGCAAAGUGGUGAAACAAUACACAAUGAAUCCAAAGGCCAUGCCCAGACAGCAGCUGCUUGGACACAUAGACAUGGACACCAGAGAAUGGGCUGAUGGUGUCCUCACACACAGUGCCAGGAGUGUGGUCAGGGAACCACUGGAGGUGAGCUCAUGGAUUGUGUGUGACGGCGACAUUGACCCAGAGUGGAUUGAGAGUCUGAACUCUGUGCUCGAUGAUAACCGACUCUUGACCAUGCCAAGCGGAGAACGCAUCCAGUUUGGCCCCAAUGUGAACUUCUUGUUUGAGACUCACGAUCUCAGCUGCGCCUCACCAGCCACCAUCUCUCGUAUGGGGAUGAUCUUUCUCAGCGAUGAAGACAUUGAUGUGGGGGCCUUGGUCAAGUCGUGGUUGAGGGGUCAGCCAGAGGAGUGUUGCAGCAACCUGGAAAACUGGCUGGGAGACUAUUUCCAGCGAGCCCUGGACUGGGUCGUCAAACAGAAUGACUUUGUUGUGGAGUCCAGUCUGGUGGGUACAGUGUUCAAUGGUCUGUCCCAUCUCAACGCUGUGACCGAGAGAGGUCAGUUUAUUGUUGGCCUUCUAAGAGGUUUGGGAGGAAACCUCAACUUCAAAACUCGACAGGAGUUUGCCAAGGAGUUGCUGAGCUGGGCCAGGGAAAGUCCACCAGACGCCAGAAAACCACUAGAUACCUACUAUGAUACUGACAGCGGCCAUCUAGCAGCCUAUAUAUUCCAGCGUCCUGAGGGUCUCACGCUGGAGCAGCUUUCUCAUACUCACACCCUACCUGUUAUAGAGACCGUGGACAUGCAGAGAGGUCUGCACUGUUUCUCCCCGUGGCUCACCGCUCAGCACAGGCAGCCCUUCAUGGUGGUGGGGCCAGAGGGCUGUGGAAAGGGCAUGCUGCUGCGCUACGCCUUCUCUCGGCUGCGCUCCACCCAAGUCGCCGUGGUUCACUGCAGUGCACAGACCUCAUCCCGCCAUGUCCUCCAGAAGCUCAGUCAGACCUGCCUGUUGCUGAGCUCUAACACUGGCCGGGUGUUCAGACCCAAGGACUGUGAGAAUCUGGUCCUUUACCUGAAAAACAUAAACCUGCCCAAACCGGACAAGUGGGGGACAAGCAACCUCACUGCCUUCCUGCAACAGGUGUUGACAUAUAAGGGAUUUUAUGAUGAAAAUCUGGAGUGGGUGAGUCUCGAGAACAUCCAGGUGGUGGCCUCCAUGUCAACAGGGGGUGCUGUCGGGAGCCAUUCGCUCACCACCCGCUUCUCCUCUAUAGUACGCAUCUGCACCAUUGACUAUCCAGACCGGGAGCAGCUGCAGACUAUCUACUCAGCGUACCUGCAGCCAGUUCUUCAGCACAGUCUUGGCGGCCAGGCAGCCUGGGCCAGCACAGGGAAGACACACCAGCUGGCUGGCUCUCUGGUGCAGCUCUAUGAACAGGUGAAAGCCAAGUUUACAGUGGAUGACCACAGUCACUACCUGUUCACCCCCUGUAUUCUCACUGAAUGGGUCCUCAGCCUGCUGAGAUAUGACCUCACUGCAGCUCAGUCUAAUGUGACAGACAGCGUGUUGGAGGUGGUGGCGUACGAAGCCAGGAGGCUGUUUAGAGACCGGCUAGUUUCCUCCAAAGACCUUCACACCUUCGAUAACAUCCUCUCCUCCAUCAUACGAGGGGACUGGGGCUCUGACGCUCUGGACAACAUGACUGAGGGUUUCUAUGUGACAUGGGGAGCCGCUGAAGGGGCUGUAAUGGCUCCAGGCCAGCCACUUCCUCCUCAUGGGAAACAACUGGGAUGUCUGGAUUCUGCCGACUUGAAACAAGUUAUACAGAAGGGAGUCGUGCUGUACAGUCGCGAUAACAAGGAGCUGGACCUUCUCCUGUUCAGGGAAGUGUGCGACUUCGUGUCCAGGGUGGAUCGGGUCCUGAGCAGGGCCGGCGGCUCUCUGCUGCUGGCAGGCCGGAGCGGAGUUGGUCGGCACACGGCCACGUGCCUGGUGUCGCACAUGCACGGAUACACACUGUUCACGCCGAAAAUCUCCCGCGCUUACUCUCUUAAGCAUUUCAGCAAUGAUCUCAAGACGGUGAUGCAGCUGGCAGGUCUGGAGGGUCAGCAGGUGGUACUGCUGAUAGAGGAUUAUCAAUUUGUUCACCCAGCUUUCUUAGAGAUGGUCAACAGUUUGCUGUCGUCAGGUGAAGUUCCAGGUCUGUACUCCCCAGAGGAGCUGGAGCCUCUCCUGUCCUCCCUCAAAGAUUCUGCCUCCCAGGAUGGAUUCACAGAACCACUCUACAACUACUUUUCCUACAGAAUCCAGCAGAAUCUUCACAUUGUUCUGAUCAUGGACUGCUCUAACACUAACUUCACCAUCAACUGUGAGAGCAACCCAGCUUUCUACCGCAAGUGUUCGGUCCAGUGGAUGGAAGGAUGGACGGAAAGCAGCAUGAAGAAGAUUCCUGAGCUGCUGCUGGCAAAGACAGAGGGAGGAGGGGCUGAGAAUGAAAGAGACACUACUAAAGGUGAGAGCACAUGCUCUGACCAGGCAGACCUGUGCCGUUUGUUUCUGAUGGUACAUGAAUCAUGUAGAGAACACGGUGCAACACCCAGCCAGUACAUGGCCUUUCUGAAUGUUUACACUGCUUUAUACAGCCGGAAGAAAAGUCAGCUUACAACGAGACAACAGCAUCUGCAGGCAGGUGUGUCUAAGCUAAAUGAAGCUAAAGCUCUAGUGGAUGAGUUGAAGAGGCGAGCUGCAGAGCAGAGUGCGCUGCUGAAGACCAAACAACAGGAGGCAGAUUCUGCCCUACAGGAAAUCACCACCUCCAUGCAGAAUGCUAGUGACCAGAAGACGGAGAUGGAGAAGAUAAAGGGAAAGAUGGCUCAGGAAGUUUCCAAGAUUGAAGAAAGGAAAGCGAAAAUUGAUGAUGAGCUGAAGGAAGUACAGCCUUUGGUAGAUGAGUCAAAGCGUGCAGUGGGAAACAUUAAGCCUGAAGCUCUGUCUGAGAUCCGCUCGCUGCGUAUGCCCCCUGACGUCAUCAGAGACAUCCUGGAGGGGGUGCUGAGACUGAUGGGCGUCUUCGACACAUCUUGGGUCAGCAUGAAGAGUUUUCUGGCUAAGCGGGGUGUGAGGGAGGACAUAGCGACAUUCGAAGUGAGGAACAUCACCCCUGAGAUUCGUCAGAGUGUAGAGGAGGUGCUCACCAGGAACAAGGCCUCCUUUGACCCCAAGAAUGCAAAGCGUGCCAGUGCAGCAGCUGCUCCUCUGGCUGCCUGGGUCAAAGCUAACGUCCAGUACUCCCACGUCCUGGAGAGGAUCGAGCCACUGGAGAGAGAGCAGGCCGGAUUGCUUGAAAACCUGAGGAAAACUGAGAGCAGGAAGAAUAAGCUGGAGCACCAGCUCAACUCUGUUGGAGCCAAAGUCAGCGAGUUGAAAGAGAAGUUUCAGUGUCACACUGCAGAAGCAGCUAAGUUGGAGGCUGAGGUGAACAAAGCCCAGGAUACGAUCGCUGCUGCCCAGCAGCUCAUUUCACAGCUCGACGGAGAACACACACGGUGGAACACUCAGAUGUCUGAGAUAAAGAAUGAGUUGGAUACGCUCCCAAUGAGAGCCAUGCUUGCUGCAGCCUUCAUUACCUAUCUGUCUGCUGCCCCCGAAGACCGGAGAAGACACUGUCUGGAGACGUGGAUGGCUCAAUCUGGACUUCAGAAGUUUGACUUGCGGUCAUUCCUGUGCUCGGAGAGCGAGCAGUUGAUCUGGAAGAGUCAAGGGCUGCCGUCUGAUGACCUCUCCAUGGAGAAUGCACUGGUCAUACUACAGAGUGUUGCCUGUCCGUUCCUGAUCGACCCGUCAUCCCGAGCUACAGAGUGGCUCCGCACACAUCUCAAAGAGAACAGACUCGAGGUUAUCAACCAACAGGACAGUAACUUCAUGACAUCUCUGGAGCUGGCGGUCAGAUUUGGAAAAACUCUCAUCAUCCAGGAGAUGGAUGGAGUUGAACCUGUGCUCUAUCCACUGCUGAGGAAGGACCUCAUAGCACAGGGCCCUAGAUAUGUGGUGCAGAUAGGAGACAAGGUUAUCGAUUACAACGAGGACUUCCGUCUCUUCCUGGCAACAAGGAACCCCUCUCCCUUCAUCCCACCCGAUGCUGUUUCCGUGGUUACAGAGGUCAACUUCACUACCACCCGGGCAGGCUUAAGAGGACAGCUCCUUGCCUUGACCAUCCAGCAAGAGAAGCCAGAAUUGGAGACAGAGAAAACAAGACUUCUGCAACAAGAGGAAGACAAGAAAAUACAACUUGCUCAGCUGGAAGAAUCCCUGUUAGAGACACUAGCUACAGCUCAGGGGAAUAUUCUGGAGAACAGGGAGCUGAUAGACAGUCUGAACCAGACCAAGGCGAGCAGUGCCCUGAUCCAGGAGUCACUGCUGGAAUCCCACAGGCUGCAGGCAUCUCUGGACCAGGAGCGGGAUGCCUACUUACCUCUUGCGGAGAGUGCCAGCAAGAUGUAUUUUGUCAUCACAGAUCUGUCGAAGAUCAACAACAUGUACCGCUUCAGCCUAGCUUCUUUUCUACGCCUCUUCCAAAGAGCUCUUCAGGCCAAGAAGGAAGUAGAGAAUACUGAAGCCAGGAUUGCUGCUUUGGAGUCCAGCUUGAAGAAUAUGGUGUAUGAAUAUGUCUGCCGGUCGCUUUUCAAGGCUGACCAGUUGAUGUUUGCUAUGCACUUUGUGAAAGGCAUGCACCCCGAACUCUUCCAGGAGAACGAGUGGGAUAUCUUCACUGGAUCCAUCGUAGGAGAAAUGUUCAAGAAGGAGGUUAGCAUGCAGCUUCAAAAUGAGAAAAUCAGUCAACAUGUUAUUAUUUCUGAAUUUGACUUCUCUCGGCAGGAGUUGCCCUCCUGGAUUGAUCUGGAGAGACAUGGAGCCGUCGCUAUUUUUAAAGCUACGUUCCCAGCCCUCUACCAGUCUGUGUGUUUGAGUGACUCAGACCUCUGGAUGUCCUUCUCGCAGAGCUCACAGUGUGAACAAGAAAUCCCAUCUUCCGUUGCCAAGAAGAUUACUCCCUUCCAGCAGCUGUUAUUGGUUCAGGCAGUCAGACCAGACCGCCUGCAGAGUGCCAUGGCAGCAUUUGCCUCUCAGGCUCUGGGUAUGAAAGAGCUCUCCCCCCCUCCGCUGAACCUGCGGCGUCUCCACAUUGAGACCCUGGAAUUGGAGCCUGUGUUGAUCAUCAUCUCUCCCGGGGCAGAUCCAUCCCAGGAGCUUGCAGAACUAGCAGCAGAAACCAUUGGCAGAGAUAACUAUCAUGAGAUCUCUAUGGGGCAGGGACAGGCCGACGUGGCCGUAGCUUCACUCAGGGAAUGUUCCAGAAAUGGAGACUGGCUUUGCCUGAAAAACCUUCACCUUGUCACAGCAUGGCUGCCGCUCCUGGAAAAAGAGCUUAAUGUGCUGCGUCCCAAAGCGGGUUUCCGUCUCUGGCUGACGGCAGAAGUUCACCCCAGAUUCCCUCCUAUACUGCUGCAGUCCAGCCUCAAGAUCACUUAUGAGGCUCCUCCUGGGUUGAAGAAGAAUCUGCUGAGGACGUAUGAGUCGUGGACUCCUGAGCAGAUCAGUAAAGGAGGCGUCCUGGCCAGAGCUCAGUCUCUGUUCUGUCUGGCCUGGUUCCAUGCUGUCUGCCAAGAGAGACGCAACUACAUACCACAGGGUUGGACUAAGUUCUAUGAGUUUUCCAUGUCGGACCUCCGCGCUGGAUUUGAGAUCAUUGACAGCCUUUUUGAAGGUGGUAAAUCAUUCCAGUGGGAGUUUGUCCACGGCCUGCUGGAGAGUGCCAUCUACGGUGGACGCAUCGACAACCCGUCUGACCUCCGCAUCCUACGUUCUUACCUGGAGCAGUUCUUCUCAGCACGACUCCUCUCACCCUCCCUCUCCGCUGCUCAGAGGAAGAGCAGCGGAGGAACACGCUUCCUUCCACCUCAGAUCAGCCUCCCAGCUUCUUGCAGCAUAUUGGACUACCGCAGCAUGAUAGAGCAUCUCCCAGAGGACGACAGGCCUGCAUUCUUUGGUUUGCCUGCCAACAUAGAGAGAUCUUCCCAAAGAAUCAUCAGCUCCCAGGUGAUUUCGCAGCUGCGUGUCCUGAGCCGCCCAGUAGCAACUGGGUCCAAGUUUGACAGGGAGCUCUGGUCGAAUGGACUUUCACCUGUCCUUAACUUGUGGAAGAAAAUCAACCAGGGCUCUACACUGAUCCAUCAGAAGGUGGCUCUGCCUGCAGAGGGUCAUGGGUCCCCAGUCUUGUCAUUCAUCGCUCUGGAGCAGUUCAAUGCUAUCCGCUUGGUCCAGAGUAUCCACAAAUCCCUGGCUGCACUGAGCAAGGUCAUCAGAGGGACACAGCUGCUGACUCCUGAAGUCCAGAAACUGGCCACUGCCUUGCUCAAUCAAGAGUGUCCUUCAACAUGGCAGAACAAAUGGGAGGGACCAGAGGAGCCAAUGCUGUACCUCAGAGCUGUGGUAACACGGGCUGUCGCCAUUCAGAGUUGGGUGGAGCGUGCAGGUCGACAAGCUCUUCUUUCAGACACCCUGGAUCUGUCUGAGCUCUUCCACCCUGAUACCUUCCUUAAUGCCCUGAGACAGGAAACAGCCAGGUCCAUGGGUUGUUCAAUGGAUAGUUUGGUGUUUGUCUCAACAUGGAGGAGUCCCAUUGCACAGGCCAAACUGCAAGUGAAGGUUGGAGGUCUGCAGUUGGAGGGUUGUAGUUUUGAUGGUGUCCGUCUUUGUGAGAAUCAACACAAUUCUCCCAGUGUAUCAGCGGUGCCGCCCUGCCACAUGGCCUGGGUUCCACAGGCGUCUGCUGCUGACUCGGCUGGGACAGAGGAGACCAUGUGGCUGCCUCUGUACAGCAGCUCAGAGCGAGUGAAGGUGGUCACGCACCUCUGCCUGCCCUGCGGACUGAACCCAGACCAGUGGAUACAGACUGGGGCUGCGUUCUUUUUAAACCGCUUUCAGAUAUGAAGUCAGGAAAAUUGGGUCCAGAUAUUUUGCCGGAGGAUUGCCUUUCACACACACAGCAGAAGAUUGUUCGGGUCAAACGCAUUUACAACAACAGGAAAACAUCCACAAAUGGACUGAGCAGGAGGCCUGUAAUGUAAAAACAAGUCUGUGGAAAUCACGUUUUUUGAUAUCAGCGCAUCAACACCAAAAACUCUCCGACAUCAUUGUCUUUCCAAGUCGACACCUUCAGCGUCUUCUCUGUGUUUGGAACCUCCUCUUCACCCUGAGUUAUUUAUAUUCUUUUUGUUUUGUAUUCUCUGUUUUGCGUCCAUUACGUGGUUGAAAUGUCAUCAUGCUCAUUCGCACAUUUUCUAGAUCUAUAUAUUUUUCAAGGGGGUUGGCAGGAAAAGUUCUGGAAAAUAUAAGGAUAUAAAACUGUAUAUUUGUAACUGUUGUUUUUACUUACAGAGCUUAAGAGUAAAGAUGAAAUAAAUGUCAUCUUGUUCAGA